GUGUUCCCGUGCGGGACGCAUGUGCUAUGCUGUGAACACGAUACUAAGUUGCGACACGAGUCCUCUUCGCGAUACUGUCGCAUAAUUGAUUGUCCAUUCGAUACUGACAUUGAACGAAUCGCGUACGAGACGGCCGACCGCUCGGAAUCGUCAGUUAUUAGCUUACGGCUACCGUAGUAACGCGUUUCUCAUUAACGCGAAUCAGCUGUGCUAUUGUGACGGUCCUGUGAGAAACGUGUGUGCGAUCUCCAAUCCUGCGAUGCCGUAGUGUAGUGUAGUGACACAAUGGAGGUGGCUAAGGAUGCGAAACUCAAAAGCGGCGGUUUCCAGGACAUUGAUGAUGACGAUGUGGCCUCUCGAAGGUGCAUGCUAGAUGAUUUGCAGCUAGCAGCUGAACUGGGGAAGACCCUGUUGGAGAGGAACAAGGAGUUGGAGACAGCUCUCAGACAACACCAAAAUGUCAUCGAAGACCAGGCGCAAGAAAUUGAAUACUUAACCAAACAGACGGUCGCUUUGAGGGAGGUCAACGACUCAAGACUGAGGAUCUACGAGCAGCUGGAAGUCAGCAUACAGGAUCUAGAGCGGGCCAACCACCGACUUGCCGUCGACCAUGCCGCUGACAAGAAACACAUUAAGACAUUAUGCGCAAACAUCGAAGCGUUGGAGAGUAAGUGCGAGGAACUGCAGAAAGUGUCGGACGACCUUAAUGCACAGCUAGAAAUCGCUAAACGAAGAGCGGAGAAGAAACCCCAGAGCGAGAAACCCAAAGAAAAUGAGAGCACAGAAAAAAUCCCUUCUACACCCAACUGUAAGAGGCCUCCUGAAGUUAGCACGCCAAUCAAAGCGACGCCUGUGGCCCUCCCAGAACUGACAAAAGAGGACGAAGAUUUACUCAGGCUAAGCGACGAACUUAGAGAAAGUAAAGUCUCCUUUGCACAGGAACAGCGAAGGGUAACCGAACUAGAGGAACAGCUCGCGUCUAUGGUCCAAGAGAACAAUAGGUUGCAGGAACAACUGAGGAAUUGGCACCAGAGAGAAGACGAACCGAAAUCGAUGCAUGAAGAGUUCUCUAUCUUGGAAGAAGUCAGACAAGGCCAACUUUGCAUAAGAUGUCUCAGAGGCGUCGAGCGGGGAGACGACAUGUCCUCGAUGCUGGACGGAGAUGACGAUGACAGGAGCGCUAUCAGCUCCCUGAUCCUCACGCCCGGCCCGGACAGCGCCAGGGAAGACCUGGUUUCCAACAAACUUGUCAAAUUCGACAAUGCCAAGGAAAAAUUACUUCAAGGUAUUUGGGCCAAUAAAGAGGACGGUCACGAUAACCCAUACAGAGAGCUGGUACAGAAGUACGAGGCUCUUCUAGAAGUUCAGCUGUCACAAGGCAAGAACUUGAGGAAGGGCAAGCAGGAGCAGCCUCCCGCGCCCGCUACCACGCUGAUCGACCAGCUGCAGACUUCCGGGGACUACAGCCACUUUAGCGUCAAGGACACGGACGAAGAGAGCGGCCACGGCGAAGAAGCACAGAAAGAUAUCAACCUGCAGAAGAAAGUUGAGACCACAUCUCGGAAAAAGAUCAUCCAAACACCAGAUUUUUCGGAAGCAGAAACGUCCAGCUCCGGCUUCUCUGAUGAGACGAGCAAUAAGGCGACGCAAACCGAACGCGAGCGACCCGGCUCAUUCCUCUGCACGAUUGCCGACGGAGAGGACUACAGAUUCAGCAUCUACGACGACGCUAGCCCCAUGGACAGCCGCUUCCGAAACAGACCAGAGUACCGCGAGCUGUUCAAAGAAAUCUUCACUAUUCUUAAAAAAGCUGCGGAGAACAAAGACGAAGGAGAGCAAUUGCCCCUCCUCGACGACACCACCGCCGGCAAAGUACCGCCAGUCACGCCGGCGACAGAGGAUCCACCAGGAAACUUCACCGAUGACACCCAAAGCGUUUUGUCGUCUGUAAUGUCUGAACAAUCGAUUCCAGUGUCCGACAUUACCGCACCAGAGACGCCGACUAUAAAAGAAAAACUUGUCGCCGAACCGGUCAAGAAGCAGGAAGUCAAGAACAAAGAAAAUAAGCCAGCGGAGUCCCCGGUUCCCGAGAAAGUUAAAGAGCCUAAAGAGAAAGAAUCCGAGAAGCAGGUGGGCGACAAGGACAAAGAGAAAGAGCGCGUGUUGACGCCGCUGGUGCGGCAACCGCUGGAGUACAUCGCGGCCACUAGAAAGAAGUCCAGGCAUCGCAACCGCAAGCACAGCCAGGAGCGACAGGGCGCGGACUCGCCCGUGUUCCCGUCGCCGCCGAAGAUCACCUACCAGAAAUCAUCGAACAAGAAGCGGAGGGACUAUAGGCCCAUCGAGGCGAGUCCGCUGGUGAAGCCUACCGAGAGCGAGUGGAACGGCUCCACGCUGCAGUUCUACAACCGCAACAUGAACUCGCCGACGCCGAGCGGGAGGCCGGGCCGCAUCUACCAGGGCUGGAACGCGGAGACGGGGUCGUGGGACGUGGCGCCCAGCACGGCGUCGCAGGAGAUCCACAAGCUGCGCAAGCUGGAGCUGUCGUACGCGGAGGUGCUCCGCAACGCCGACCAGACCAAGACCCGCCGCAAGAAACACCACUAAUUUAUCAUUUUAACAUUCGACCCCCUCUUGCUGAAGCAAGAGUUGAGUGAUCAACCGCCAUUUGUCUUUGCCAACUGGACAUAGGAAUUUAGUUUAGAGUAUUUGUGAUCUGCUAGCGUUACUUUUUUUUUAAUUUGUACCAAACUAUAUUCACAAUCGUAAAUUGCCAUAAUUGGUAUAGUUCUCGUAUACCGUAUUUUAUGUAAUUAUGACAUCUUGACAUCCCGAAAUUAAUUACAAUAGUACAUUAAAAAAUGUAAUCCAUUUCCCUCCGAUAUAACUACAUACAUAGCUUUCCUUGUUCAAAAAAUUGCAUUUAUCAAAGAAGUUUGUGUUAAGAUGGCUAAUUCGUUGAGUACUUCAUUUGAUUUGAAUUAGGCAUUAUCAACUGAAUGAGUUUUACUUUUUAACUCAGUUCUGUUACUUUUAGUCACUACUAUAAUUGUAUAUUAUGUAUUUGAUUUGAAUUUGUAAAUAUUAAGUUAAAUGUAUUUUUAUUGCCAUGAAUUUUUGAGUACUCAAGGUUUUUUGUAUGGAAUUGUAUGCUAAAUUUAUUUAAUGCCGCAUGGACAGAGGAAGGUUGAAGGUAUAAAUAAAAAUUUGCAUUAAUAUUACAA